AUGAUUCGACGCGACUAUCGCGGAUUCGGCAUCCCGCCCGGGCCGCCGCAGCUCCCGGAAAUGUUCCACAGUCCCACGUGCAGCCAUGGGAAGGUGGUUUCUGGCAGCGAGCGCACUGGCGUCGUGUGCGGCCCGAUGGUCCCCGUGGAUCGCGGACUGGAUCUGGUCAAGCACACGCGGUACCCGUACGUCACGGGCACGUCGGUGCUGGUGAUGAAGUAA